AUGCAGGACUCGAUGCUGUCAGAUAUGAAUCACGUUUGGUUCGUGAAGGUUAUCACCCCCAAGGUGCAAGGGACCAUCAACAUCCUGGAUUUCUUCAUCAUGUGCUCCUCGUCAGCGGGAGUCAUUGCCAACCGCGGCCAGGCCAAGUAUGCUGCCACCAACACCUUCCUGCAUGCUUUUGCGUGUCAACUGAUGACAGGAGGCUACCCGGCCACCUCGAUCAGUCUGGGAAGCGUGUUCUCAGUGGGUUGGAUCGUAGAGAACCAACUUAGACUCUCCAUCACGCUCGCCUACAGGGCCCUCUGGAAAGACCUUCUAUUCUCUAUCCUGGAAUAUCGUAUAAACCCUGCCUGGGGGGCGGCAGAGUACCCAGACCUGCCACACGGUGGCAGGUCCCAAAUAACCGAACAAGAGGUCGAGGCGACGAUAGACGUUGUGACGCGAGCCAUCGUCGAUAAACUGGCGCGUAUUAUGACACUUUCUGUUCAGGAGAUUAAUCCGCAGCGGUCGCUGGGCUUGUACGAGAUGUAUAUUCCCUGGUAA